GGCUGGGGUGGGUGGCGCCAGGCACGUGUGCGCGCCGGCGGGCAAAGGGGCGUCUGCGCCGCGAUCUGCGGCUGGGCUCGGUCCUCCAGCCCCGCGCCUGCCAGCCCCGUCCCAGGUGCGACAUCGGGGUGCUACCUCUUUAAAAGCGCCCGGGGCUGAGCCUCCGCCACACCAUGUGAUUGCUUGAAAGGCCGGGCUGGGAGAGCUGCGGCGGGAGCCCGAGGACGAUGAGCCGCCGCGCGGUGCCUGGAGCCCAGCCCUGCCCCGCGCGGCCCCGCAGCAUUGCGCGCCGCCAGGUGCCCAGAACUUUGGGCACCGCCUCCGGGACCCCCUGGUGGCCAGCGGGCGGGAUGGUGCCUGCCUCCUGACCUUUGGUGCCUGGCUGCUGAUGUGCCUGGCCUGCGUCUGCCAUGCCGCCCUCCAUCUCGGCCUUCCAGGCCGCCUACAUUGGCAUCGAGGUGCUCAUCGCCCUGGUCUCUGUGCCCGGGAACGUGCUGGUGAUCUGGGCAGUGAAGGUGAACCAGGCUCUGCGGGAUGCCACCUUCUGCUUCAUCGUCUCGCUGGCGGUGGCUGAUGUGGCAGUGGGCGCUCUGGUCAUCCCACUCGCCAUCCUCAUCAACAUUGGGCCACGGACUUACUUCCAUACCUGCCUCAUGGUCGCCUGCCCUGUCCUCAUCCUCACCCAGAGCUCCAUCCUGGCCCUGUUGGCAAUCGCCGUGGACCGCUACCUCCGCGUCAAGAUCCCCCUCCGGCCUGAAGAGCUAAGUACCACCUUGGGUUGUGAGGCAGCAGGAGGGACUGAAGUUAGACCCAGGAAGGACUUCCUGAUAGAUGAGGAGAUGCUCUGGAGUGGAGGCCUGAUGGUGGGAGUGGACUCUUUGGAAAGAUUUCCAAGGUACAAGACGGUGGUGACUCCCCGGAGGGCGGCGGUGGCCAUCGCUGGCUGCUGGAUUCUCUCCUUCGUGGUGGGCCUGACACCCAUGUUCGGCUGGAACAGGCUGGGGGAGGUGGAGCGGGCCUGGGCGGCCAAUGGCAGCGAGGGCGAGCCCGUGAUUGAGUGCGAGUUUGAGAAGGUCAUCAGCAUGGAGUACAUGGUCUACUUCAAUUUCUUUGUCUGGGUGCUGCCCCCGCUGCUGCUCAUGGUCCUCAUCUACCUGGAGGUCUUCUACCUGAUCCGCAAGCAGCUCAACAAGAAGGUGUCCGCCUCCUCUGGGGACCCGCAGAAGUACUACGGGAAGGAGCUGAAGAUCGCCAAGUCGCUGGCCCUCAUCCUCUUCCUCUUCGCCCUCAGCUGGCUGCCUCUGCACAUUCUGAACUGCAUCACCCUCUUUUGCCCUUCCUGCCGGAAGCCCAGUGUCCUCAUCUACAUCGCCAUCUUCCUCACUCACGGCAACUCAGCCAUGAACCCCAUCGUCUACGCCUUCCGCAUCCAGAAGUUCCGGGUCACCUUCCUUAAGAUUUGGAAUGACCAUUUCCGCUGCCAGCCCUCACCCCCCAUUGACGAGGACCCCCCAGAAGAGGGGCCCCACGACUAGACUCCACCUUCUGCUCCCACCUGGCUGCCCACAUCGGGGGCAUCAGCCCAGUCCCACCUCCCCACUGGUCCCACUCCUGAGCCUUCCUGGCAGGGCUGUGAGGUGUGGGUGCCCUGCAGCUUGGGUCCUGGAGAAGGUUUGGGAGGGCGGUCCAUGGGGAAGGAACCAGGGAACCUGAGGAGAGGUGGAAAGUGGCUUGAGCCUCCCCAGCCGUGUGACCAUCAUGCGGGCAGCCCAGAGCUUUGGGCUGGACGGACCUGGGGAGCCUGAGGCUGUAAAGGGGCCAUGUGGGCUGGGAGGGCAAGCUGGGGUUCCCAUGGCAGUCGGGGGAGCCUGCUUGUCUCUGGUGGUAGUGAGGCAACCCUGGGAAGCCUAAGGAAAGGAGAGGAUCCCCUCCAAGAUGGAGGGAGGGAGAAGAACUGGACAUCGUGGUCUUGCCUUCUCUUCUUGCUGUGGGAGAAGUUGGCAGAGCCACCGAGAGGCAGGAAUCAAGGAGCCUCAGUGUCCGCCUCCCAGGACCCUGAGCUCCUAGCCAUGCUGGGUGCCUGGGUGCCUGCUCUCCCUGCCCUGGAGAGCCCAGGUUUAUACUUGGGAGAGGCAGAAAGAGCAGGUCCAGAAAUCAUUCCCAACUUUUGUUUUAUUCUCCACGAGCCCUGGGACCCUGAACUGGGGUGGGGCUCCAAGCCCCUUGGAGCUCAUGUGGAGUUGAAGUGCAGGCCUCACACAGCCACCAGGUGGCAGCACUGAGCCCUUGUUCUGGCCCGGGCUUCCCAAGAAGGGGCCUGGGCGGUAACUACCUGUCCACUGGGCCCUGAUGAUGGCCUGGACUCUCUUAAGUGACACCCAUCUCUGCUGUUUCUGGGCCAGAUGGAGAGGAGAGCCCCAGACAUGACAACACGAAGGAGCAUUAAGCCUGCUUGUGGAGGGGGUGGACAAGGGAAAGUGCUGGGGUGACUUGUACCAGGCUGGAACAGGCCAGGGGAGACCACACCGCUGAGGGGGAGGCAGAAGGAGCUUGCUGGCAUUUAAAUGUCCCCAGCAUCCCUGGCACUGAGCACAGUUUUCAGGGGCUUUGGGGCUCUGUGGCACGGUGUAGGCUUUAGAGCAUCUAGGGAAGUGUCCACCCUCUGCCAAGCUGGGGGGCGGGGCUUGUACAGAGGGGAGGGGGCGGGUUCUGCGCGUGAUUCCAGGCCCCGCCCGUUCUUGGAGGUGGGAUGUUCCCUGGGAGGGCCUCCUGACUAAUAAAGACUGUGAAACUUGAUUGA